GGAGCAAGUGCUUUAGGAGCUGCUGGCCAGACAGGAGGAUGGGAAUAAUAAAACAGCUAGGGACUUCUUGGGGAAGUCUAGUUUGGUUGUUCUGUAGCUUCCUUUCUUUAGCCUGGGGGGCUCCUAGUGUCUUUAAAGAUGCAGUAUUAGUGUGGGACCAUAGCCUACUAGACUGUGGCUGGAAGAGCUUGCAGUUAACCCUUCCUACAAACCAUCCUGAGAUGAUUUCCCUUCUGAGUGCUCUGGAUUUGGAAGGACAGCCUCAUCCUCUGUCCAACUCUACAUGUGGUGUCCUCAUCUCUCGGAAACAGGAUGGUUCAAUGAUUGUCACUGCUCCCUACGCUGGGUGUUUCUUCGUCAAGAAGAAUGGUUAUUUCCUCAUGACUAUCAGGAUUGAAGGACUAGAUGACACUGGGACAGUAUCUUUCCAUGAAGAAGAACUGAGAUGCCCAAUCCAUUUGCCAGCUCUAGAUGCUCCAAGUAACAGUGUGUGCACAGCUGUUCUGCGCCCAGACAGGCUGCCUUGUGCCACACCUCCUGUCUCUCAGGAAGAAUGUGAGGGAAAAGGCUGCUGCUACAGCCUUGGUGACCCAGUUGCUCCAUGUUACUAUGGCAACACAGUGACAGUACAGUGUACAACUGAUGGUCAGUUCUCCAUAGCAGUUUCUAGAGAUGUGACUUUGCCACCACUGAUCCUGGACUCUAUGCAUCUGGUCAGUGGGCAUGGCAGCAGCUGUAUCCCUGUGGCCAAGAGUAAUACCUUUGUCCUGUACAGAUUCCCACUCUCUGCUUGUGGAACCACUUUACAGGGAGCUGGAGACCUGGGUGUGUAUGAGAAUCAGCUCGUGGCAGACAGAGAUGUGAGAAGCUGGAGCACUGGGUCAGUCACCCGGGACAGCACCUUCAGGCUCCAUGUCAGCUGCAGCUACUCCACUGGGGACUUCCUCCCACUCAACGUGCAAGUCUUCACCUUGCCACCACCUCCUCCAGCCACUCAGUAUGGCCCCCUCACUCUGGAGCUGAGGAUUGCCACAGACCAACAGUAUAAUAGAUACUAUGUCAACAGUGACUAUCCUGUGGUGAAACUUCUGCGGGAUCCAGUCUACAUGGAGGUCCGAAUCCUGCAGAGAACAGACCCAAGCCUAGUUUUGGUUCUGCACCAAUGCUGGGCCACCCCAAGCACUAAUCCCAUGCAGCAGCCACAGUGGCCCAUUCUGGUGGAUGGGUGUCCAUACACAGGUGACAACUACCAAACAGAGCUUAUCCCUGUGGAAGCUGCUUCAGGGCUGCAAUUUCCAUCACAUUACCAGCACUUCAUCAUCAGCACUUUCACCUUUGUGGAUGUUGCCUCCCAGAAGGCACUCAGUGGACCGGUCUACUUUCACUGCAGUGCUUCAGCCUGUGUUCCAUCUGCAAUGGAAUCCUGUGUAGCUCGCUGCCCUGAGACACGAGCAAGAAGAACUCCUGAUAAGCAGGCUUCAGAAAAUGCUCCAAGGAACUUGGUGACCACAGAAGGACCUGUGGACUUCCAGAACACUGAAGUAGAUCAGACCUUUGGACAGAAAGGCUCCCAAUGGACUGGAGAUCUCCUGUCCCAGGAAUGGGAGCGAGUGACGGUGGUUGUAGCAGGAGCUGGCACUAUUGCUCUGAUUUUCAUUGGAGUAAAGUAUUGGCAAAGGCAAACACUUAUUCAAAAGAAUAGAACCCCUGAAUAAAAGUAUAUGAAGGAAUUAU